UGACUCCGUUUUAUAAUUGCUCGUGAAAAUGACUGAUGCCACUCUUAACAAUUCCAUGCUGGGGUAUUUUGCGGAUCCGGAAAAUACGAGCGACAGUCUGAUGGAUUUUAAUUUGGGAAACUUAACGAACGCUGCGCCAAAACCCUUAGGAAAACCGUGCUAUUUUCUAAUAGGGGUAUCGUACGUCUUUGGCUGCGCUGGUAGUCUAAUAGCACUGAUUUAUCUGUGGCAGAGGAAAAACGUGCGGAAUACCAAACAUUCCCUAAUGCUAAAAUGUUUACUCACCAACGAUCUGAUCGGAUUAACGGGGAUGUUUGUGCAGAUGUACCUGCAGUCUUCUCUACCGGAGCAACUCACCAAAGAAUAUAUACACUAUUUCUGCAUUUUCCGGGUAGUUUGGCGUGUGUUCGGCAUCAGUUCCGGCUGCGUUGCGUUCGUCAUGGCACUCGAACGGUACAUAGCUCUAACGAAGCCGUUCUUCUAUCACAAGCAUGUGUCCGAUAAAAUGAUUAGAAGGUCGAUUUUCCUACUCUGGGCAAUCGGAGCAUUCUUCACGUUCCUCCCACUUUUUGGCUUCGGAAUCUACUACGACGAGAAGAAGCAGGAUUGCGUUCGAUAUAGGGAAGCCACGGAACUGACCGACGUCGCCUACGCGUAUCUGUUCUUCGCCGUUGGUAUCAUACUCUGCAUCGGUAUCGUGAUUUGCAAUCUGAGCGUACGGAAAGUUUUGUACCAGUCACACCACAAAAUGCGUCGCCAGUUUCGCUCGGUUCAACCAACUCCGAUGCUGGAGCGAUCCACCACUCGAAUUUCCCAAAAAUCGGCCAGCUUCACCGAUUCCUCCAUUUUUCGCAUGAUGGGCGAGCCUACGACGGAGGAAAUUCGAUUCGCCAAGCUGAUGACCUUUCUUAGCAUCAGUUUUUUGGCCUGCUGGCUUCCCCAGAUGGUUUCGAUAGUGCUGUCCCAGCUGCUGGAGAAACCGUUGCGAGAUCGAUAUAGCUGGUUUUUCCGCCUGUCGGACAUCCUGAUUCUGUUACAUUUUAUGCUUGACCCGUACAUCUACGUCCUGUUCAGACAAAGCCGUCGAAGCGACUUUCGGACCAUGAUCCGGUACGUGUUCAGUCGGAAUCAGUUCAACAUCGUGGAAACGGCCCUCAGUCCUAUACAAAAGACAAUCAACUCGUCUCCUCUGCCGUAG